UACGAGAAUUAGAGUUCUAAUAGGACACAGAUUCUUCAAUUGGCUUCAGCCAGCUCUUUAUCUCUCUCCGUAUCUUCAUUCUUCUUUCAAUGCGUUGAUUCUAUUCGCUCUACCGAUCAUAAUAUAUUUGAUGCAAGUCGAUUUCUCUAUAGUUCUUCUUCACCCACCGUUUAAAAAAUUCAGAGAAUGACGGCUGCAAAAGGGGUUUGUGAGGCGGUUUCUGAGGUGGUUACAAAACCUAGCUCUUACCAGAUUGAUAUGCCCAAGCCUGAUUCUAACGGGAUCAGCCACCAUAAUGAUCCUGAUAAUUCCAAUGCUUUCAUGAAUGGAUCAAAUGGUUUGAGUGAGGAUCUUGUGGUUAAUAAUGACGUUGUUGAGUUGGAUUCGAGUGUUUUAACUGAUUCUGAGGUCGUUGAGGUUCAAGGUGUGGAAUUUGAUGCUCAAAGCGGAAAAUUGGAUAGCAAAAGUGCCGAAAUUAGUGAAUUGUUGGAUGGGGAACAUGAUGCUGUUGAAGGGACUAGUGGGAUUUUCGCGUUGGAGAAUAUCCCCCAAGAUCAACAGAAUUCCCUUGGGACGGAGGGGCUUGGCGUUGCGAAUGGGACUAAUGGGAUUCUACCUGUGGAAAAUUGCAACCCCCAAGAUCAACAAAAUUCCCUUGGGGGUGAGGGACACGACUUUGCAAAUGAGGCUAAUGGGAAUCUCCCGGUGAAAAAUGGCAUUCCUCAAGAUCAACAGAAUUCCCUUUGGAAUGGGGUUGAGGUUCAAGAUGCGGCUACUGAUGCGAUGGAGGUGCAAGUUGGAAAAACUGAGAAUGGGGCAGCAGUUGAAAUAAAGCAGGUUCAGGGCCAAACUGGUAAAACAGAAAGCAAUGCGGAAGAUGAAAUAGAACUGGUUCAGGAACAGUCUGGAGAAACAAAAAGGAAUGCAGAAGAUGAAGUAGAACAGGUUCAGGAUCAAACUGGAAACACAGAAAGGAAUGCAGAAGAUGAAAUAGAACAGAUUCAGGAACAAUCUGGAAAAACAGAAAGCAGUGUUGAAGAUAAAACAGCAAGCAACGGAGAAGAUGAAAUAGAACCAGUUCAGGACCAAACUGGAAAAACAGAAAGCAAUGGAGAAGAUGAAAUAGAACCAGUUCAGGACCAAACUGGAAAAACAGAAGGCAAUGCAGAAGAUGAAAUAGAACAGGUUCAGGACCAAUCUGGAAACACAGAAAGCAAUGAAGAAGAUGAAAUAGAACCAGUUCAGGACCAAACUGGAAAAACAGAAAGCAGUGUAGAAGAUGAAAUAGAACAGGUUCAGGACCAAACUGGAAAAACAGAAAGCAGUGUAGAAGAUGAAAUAGAACAGGUUCAGGACCAAUCUGGAAAAACAGAAAGCAAUGCCGAAGAUAAAACUGAAAGCAAUGCAGAAGAUGAAAUAGAACCGGUUCAGGACCAAACUGGAAAAACAGAAAGCAGUGUAGAAGAUAAAAUAGAACUGGUUCAGGAUCAAACUGGAAAAACAGAAAGCAAUGCAGAAGAUGAAAUAGAACCAGUUCAGGACCAAUCUGCAGUUCAGGAGCAAUCUGGAAAAACAGAAGGCAGUGCAGAAGAUGAAAUAGAACAGUUUCAGGAUCAAAAUGAAGAAACUGAAAGUUUGGUCAAAGCUGAAAUAGAGAAAGUUGAGGAUUGGACAAAAUCGGAGUCCUGCUCUAGUGUGAUUGAGAAUCAGGAAUCUCAAGUGGGGUUGGGUACACAAUUAGCUGAGGGUGUGGAAUUAAAUAAUUUGUUGUCAGACAUUAUUGUGUCUCGUGAUGCCAUUGAAAAAUGCCCGGGUUAUAAUCUAGAACUUGAUGUUGUUGCAGAUGCUGUUGAAUGUGAAUUACGAAAGGUUGAAGUUGGGGAGAUGAGCUCAGAGGAAGUUCCCGUUACCACUUCUAUGUAUUUGGAUCCCAAAUCCUGGCCACUUAUUAAUGAGGAGAAGACAAAGAGAGAAUUAGAAUCAGAGAAGUCUCAGAUGUUGUUUUCAAGGCGCUGGGCUGACAUGGUGAAAACUCCCUCGAGGAAAACAAUAAUUGUUCAUGACCAUGCUUUUAAAGUAAAUAAAGAAAAUUUCCCUCUACCUCCACGUCAUGAAGAACCGGCUGAACAUCCUGAUUGCAGUGAAGAAUCGCCUAAAGCUGUAAAAUCUGAAAUUUUGAUUGAUGUUUGUCAACCAACUGACAACUUCUCAGCUUCAAUUUCUGAGCCUCGUGAACCUCAACUUGAAAAUUUUGAUGCUAAAAGCACUGAUGAGGUUUCUUCUUCAUCUAGCGAUGGUCUGAGAUUACAAAUUAAUGUGGAGAACGUCCCAAUUGUUGACAACAUAAUUCUAGGUUGUACCACUAAUGAUGCAAAUGAAAGUGAGGACAAUGGGAAUGGAAUUUCAACAGCUCCUCCAAAAGGUUCUACUGAUGUCAUGCUUGCUCGAGAAAACUUGAGUGUUGGGGCUGCGACAAGGCCAUUCUAUCUUGUUAGGAUUCCAAAGUCUAAUGAUAGGAAACUGAGAGAGCAGAUAAAACAUGCUCAGCUAGAAGUUGAUGAGAAGACUCGGCUGAGGAAUGCUAUUCAACUCGAAAUUCAGAAGACAAGGGAAAAUUAUCGAGCUUGUGGUUCUCAAUGCGAAGCUGCCAUGAUUGAAAGAGGAGCUGCAAGGAAGAUAAUGAGAUCGAAGCUCUCGGAAAUAGAUUUUCUUCAUUCUGUUAUUAACAGAGCCAAGAGUGUGAUAACUAUUGAGGAUUUGGAUAGACAGAUAUGCAAUAUGGAACAUAUGAUACAGCAUGAAACCCUUACCCUAAAGGAGGAAAAGCAGCUCAUUCAUGAAAUCAAACAAGUGAAACAGCACCGUGAUAAAUUGUCACAUAGCAUUGGUAGCCAAGAUGAAAUCCAACAGGCCUUGGACCAGAGAGAGGAAGCUGAAGAGCGUUUGAAGAUCUUAAAGAAGGAGCUCGAUGGCCUCAAGGAUAGUAUCUCAAAAAUUGAAGAAGCUGCUACUGCCGCAGGUAGGGAACGUGAAGAUGAAAAUAGGAAGGCUGAAGAACUACGUGUUCAGUUCAGAGCUGCAGAUGAUAUUCGCCAAGCAGCAUAUUCUCAAUUGCAGAGUCUGAGAAAAGAACUUUUUGAGAAGAACGAACAUUUUCGCAAGUACAUGGGUGAUGCAGCUACAGCCAGGGAUUGUGCAUUUAACGAAGAUAGAGAGGGACUUCACCAUCUUUGCGUAAAUCAGGUGGAAAAAAUAAUGAAACUCUGGAACACAAAUGACAAGUUCCGAAAGGAAUAUGUGAAGCAGAAUGAAAGGAGUACGCUCACGAGAUUUGGAACUCUGGAUGGUCUUUCGCUAGGCCAUGACAAGGUGCCACCUAAUCUUCCCGGUUAUGUGAAUGAAGGAGUUGGUAAGCUGGGUUUAACACCAGUGGAGACUGGCUCUAUCCAAAGUUCACCUCUGGAAUUAUCAGAACCUAAGAAUCGUAUGAUGACAAAUAAGGAACCUGCUAAACCUGUAUUGGUGAAUGCCUUAGCAACUGUUUCUGGCGAGGAUGUGAUCAGUGAGAUCAAGAAAAAACCAAUGAAAUCAAAGGAAGAGGUGGAGCUGGAAAGGAAGAUAGAGGAGGAAUCAAGAGAAGAGGCUAAGGCCAAGUUGACAGAGCAACUUAGGCUGGAGGAAAUAGAAAAGGCUAAGUUGGCACUUGAGAGGAAGAAGAGGAAUGCAGAAAAGGCACAAAGGAGAGCUGAACAACGAGCACAGAAGGAAGCAGAACAGAGAGAAAAGGAGAGGGAGAAGAGGCUGAAAAAGAAGGAACGAAAGAAUGCUUCUGCUGCUGCUCCAAGCGAAGUCAAUGAUGUUAGUAGGGCCAUUCAAAGCACUGAAAUCCAAACCGAGAUUGUGGAGGAGACGAAUUCUGUAGCAGCAGCAAGUACUAGAAGACCUCCAAAACAAAGCAAGUCAAAAUAUAAUAUCCCUCCAUCAAUCGUUCGCAAUCGAAACAAGAGAAAGUGGCAGCCUUGGAUAUGGCUAGUUUUGGCAUGCCUCACUGUAGUUGCUCUAUUCUUGCUGGGAAAUACAGGUAUGUUUACAAAUGCAAAUCACAAGUGGUGGUGAAACCUUUUUAACUAGUUGCAUAUCUAUUAGUGUCCAACUCAGGUUAGUGUAUAGAAAAUUCUUUCUUUGUUCUCUACAUAGAUUUUUGUAUUUAUCUGUUUAGACUUUAUCUUUGGCUUCUGGGGUCUAAACUUCUAAAUUUUUUUCGUAUCGAUAAUUUAAAAUAUCAUACAUUAAUUUC